AUGAAUUCCGAACACCCAUCGAACCAUCCAGAAAACGAAUCAACCCUCUCCGACUAUGACUUGAAUAUCCUCUUCUCUUCACAGCCCUCUGCGUUCGACUUCUCUGCCGACUGCCUCACUAGCCGUGACGAAGUGGCCACCUACGACCGACCGAAUACAAAGGUCCAGAUCCCACGAAUUGCGCACCCUGGUAACUUAGCUACCAGCGGUCGAGUCAGUCGGGCCUGCGAAAACUGCCGUGAACAAAAAGCCAAAUGUAGCGGACACCGUCCCACCUGUGAUCGUUGCAAAGAUGCUGACGUCCGGUGUUUGUAUGGUGGCCGGAAGGGGGAGAAGAUAGCCAAGCAGCUGAGCGAUCUAACCACACAGGUCGAAGCCUACAAAACUCUCUUGCAAGACCUUUAUCCUAGACUCGAUAAGCUGUCGGCCCGCCAUGUUGACCAGACCCUUCAGAAGCUUUCAUGUCCUUUAACACCCCACGCAGACCCCGAGGACACGGCUUUUACCUACGGCGCCAUUGACUACACCGAAGAAGACUUCAAUGGCGGCGAGGAACUCCAGGCCAUGGGGUUUGUGGGCGAGCACUCGGAGAUAGCAUGGUUGUACAGACUCAAACGGGACCUCGACCAAUACACUACGACGCCGACCAGAAACCGUUCCGAUCGCCUUUCCAUCUCGUCAGUCAACUACUUCCAGGAUGACUUCGAAAUCUCAAUGCUCAAUGACGUGGAUCUUUCGAUAAGCCCUCCUCAACACGUCGCUACUCAGCUUGUCGACAACUACUUCCAUACGGUCCACCCUGCCUUCCCCAUAAUCGGCAUGACGACGUUUAUUGGACAGUACAACUCGUUCUAUGCGAAUCCCAACGUGCGACCUGGAAAACGAUGGUUGGCGGUGUUAAAUUUGAUAUUUGCGAUUACAGCAAGACAUUCGCUGAUGAUGGGCCUUCCGCCCCAUCCGGAGGCAGAUAGCUAUUUGGUGUACUUCACGCGGGCUUGGCGACUCGGCAUCGAUAAUGUGGCAUUGCUUUCGCACCCGAACUUACAGCAGGUCCAAGUCGAGGGUUUAGCGGCCUUUUAUCUUCUGUCUGUUGGACAAAUCAACAGGUCAUGGAGGAUAUUUGGUAUCGCGAUCCAAUCAGCCGUGGCUAUGGGGCUUAAUCUCCGUAGCGAGAAUGUCGUCAUUGGGCACCUUUCAAAGGAGACAAGAUACCGUGUGUGGUGGGCACUAUUUAUGCUGGAUACCGUGUUAUGCGUGAUGACCGGCCGACCACCCAGCAUCGGGGAGACCUUCUGCUCUACGCCUCUUCCGUUGCCGUAUACAGAGGAGAGCUUCAGCAAUAAGCGGAUCAUGCAGCUUAUCUCUGAUCAAGAAGCCCGGAACGAGUUCAUGUCUUCACUGCUCUCUACUGACCCCGCGAUUGCGGCCAGAGAGACCUUCGCGGGUCGACUCCGUUCCGUGCAGUCGGAGAGAAAAGGAAAGCAAGUCGGGCAGAAUGCUCAAGCCCUUACACCCAAUGUUUCACUGUACUUUUUAUGCGCCGUGGACUUGGCGUUUCUUACCCGCCAGGCCGUGGACACUCUGUACGCUCCCCGAGCGACGCGACAAUCAUGGCUAGAAAUUGAAAUCCAGAUUUCUACCCUCAACAACAAUGCCGACAGAUGGCUCUCUCGUCUUCCAACAGAAUUCUACUUUAACGAACUCGAUGCAUCGCAGCCUUUCGCUCGGGAGCGAGCCAGCCUAGCCUUUCGAUUUUACACUACCAAACUGAUCAUUUCACAGCCCUGCCUUCGGCGCCUCUCCGACCUAUCUGGUAAGACUUCUCCCGGGGCUGUGUGUGAUACCAUGGCUGCUAUGUGCGUCCAAGUUGCAGGACAGGUUCUCGAUCUUCUCCCAGAUGAGGUAGACACGGUGUGGUUAUACAAGGUCACCCCGUGGUGGUGCAUUCUUCACCACAUCAUGCAAUCCAGCACGAUCCUUUUAAUCGCACUAUUCACCCGAGUCCAUCCCAUCAUAGCUGAUGCAACCAUCAUUGUAAAGAAGGUCAAAAAGGCUACCCGGUGGCUGAACGAGAUGUCCGCCAAAGAUCCCUCCUCGCAGCGAGCUUGGCUUAUUUAUAUGGAUCUUCUCUCGCGUCACGCCUCUACACUUGGAUUGGACGUUGACCGUGGGCCCUAG